CGGCAGUGAUUCUCUCAGCAGCAGUAGAAGAAGAAGCAGGGAGGGGUGCACGCAGACGUUUCUGGAUCAACCGACAAAAAGCUCCUCGAGACUCACUGCAGCGAUGGCAGAGGCCCACCAGGCGGUGGCGUUCCAGUUCACCAUAACCCCGGAAGGGAUUGACCUGCAGCUGUCCUACCAGGCCUUGAACCAGAUCUACCUGUCCGGAGUCCGAUCCUGGAAGAAACGAGUCAGCCGCAUGAGGAACAGCGUGAUAAAGGGAGUGUACCCGGCCAGCCCCUCCUCCUGGCUCUUUGUCGUCAUAGCGAUCCUGGCCACCAUGUACAUGCGAUCGGAUCCCAGCAUGGGGCUCAUCACCAAGAUACAGCAACACCUGCCUCUAAGCCUCCACGUCUCGCUCAGCGCCCAGGGACAGACGAUGCUGUCCGCGCUGGUCUUCAGCACGCUGCUGUGGCUCUCCCUCAUCCUGGCGCUCCGCUUCUGCCUGAAACUGCUCCUCUCGUACCACCAGUGGAUGUUCGAGCAGCACGGACGGAUCUCCAACACCACCAAAGUCUGGGUGACUCUGCUGAGGUUGUUGUCCAGCAGGAAGCCUCUUCUGUACAGCUACCAGACGUCUCUGCCUCACCUGCCUGUCCCCACCAUCAAAGACACGCUGAGCAGGUACCUGAAGUCCGUGCGUCCUCUGCUGAGCGAUCCGGACUACAAACGGAUGACCGAACUGGCCAAUCAGUUCGAGUCGAACCUAGGGAACCGGCUGCAGCGCUACCUGAAGCUCAAAGCUCUGUGGGCCACCAACUAUGUGAGCGACUGGUGGGAGGAGUACAUCUACCUGAGGAGUCGCGGGCCCAUCAUGGUCAACAGUAACUACUAUGGCAUGGACUUUCUGUAUGUGACCCCGACCCCGGUGCAGGCGGCCCGGGCAGGAAACACCAUCACCGCCCUGCUGCUCUACCGCCGCAAGGUCAACCGGGAGGAACUCAAACCGAGUCGAGUUCCAGGCACCGUCAUCCCUCUGUGCGCCGCUCAGUGUGAGAGGAUGUUCAACACGACACGCACACCGGGACUCGAGACAGAUGUGCUCCAGCACUGGCAGGACAGUGAGUUUGUGGCGGUGUACCACAGGGGGCGCUUCUUCCGCCUGUGGGUUUACCGCGCCGGCCGGCUGCUGAGCCCCCGAGAGAUCGAGCACCAGAUCCAGAAGAUCCUGGACGACCCUUCGCCCCCGCAGCCCGGAGAGGAGAAACUGGGAGCGCUGACGGCGGGAGACAGAGUUCCCUGGUCCCAGAUGAGGAAGCAGUACUUCAGCUCUGGCAUCAACAAGCGAUCCCUGGAUAUCAUCGAGAGGGCGGCUUUCUUUGUCACUUUGGACAAUGAAGAGCAGGGCAUGAGGGGAGACGACCCGGCGGGAAAUUUGGACCGCUACGCCAAGUCGCUGCUCCACGGGAAAUGUUAUGACAGGUGGUUUGAUAAAUCCUUCUCCAUCGUGAUCUACAAGAACGGGAAGAGCGGACUGAACGCGGAGCACUCCUGGGCCGAUGCCCCCACCGUGGCUCACCUUUGGGAGUACACUCUGGCCACAGACGCCUUCCAGCUGGGAUACACCGAGGACGGACACUGUAAAGGCGAUGUGGACCGCUCACUGCCUCACCCCCAGAGACUGGCCUGGGACAUCCCCUCACAGGUUCAGGCUCAGGUGUGCAGCUCUCUGGCUGUCGCUCAGGCGCUGGCGGACGACGUCGACUGUCACGUGUUUCCCUUCCGAGAGUUUGGAAAAGGACGGAUCAAGAAGCUGCGCAUCAGCCCCGACGCCUUCAUACAGAUCGGCUUACAGCUGGCGUACUACAGGGAUCGUGGUGGUUUCUGUCUGACCUACGAGGCGUCCAUGACCCGUCUGUUCAGGGAGGGCCGCACGGAGACGGUACGGUCCUGCUCCAACGAGAGCUGUGCCUUUGUCAAAGCUCUGGAGGGCGGAGAGACAGACGAUCAGUGCAGACGUCUCUUCCGACUGGCUUCAGAAGGACACCAGAACCUUUAUCGGAUGGCGAUGACUGGAGCCGGCAUCGACAGACACCUCUUCUGUCUGUACGUGGUGUCCAAAUAUCUGGGCGUGGACUCGCCUUUCCUUAAAGAGGUUUUGUCGGAGCCGUGGCGUCUCUCCACCAGUCAGACCCCGAUUCAGCAGAUGGAGCUGUUCGACCUGAAGAACCACCCCGAAUUCAUAUCGCUGGGCGGAGGCUUCGGCCCUGUGGCGGACGACGGUUACGGGGUUUCGUACAUCAUCGUGGGCGAAGACAUGAUCAACUUCCACGUGUCGUCCAAACGCUCCUGCAGCGAGACGGACUCCCACAGGUUCGGAGCUCAGAUUAGUCACGCUCUGCAGGACAUCAUGACUCUGCUCGCUGCCGACACCAAAACCUCCUCGGCCUCUAAAAGCUCCGCUCAGCCUCAUGCCAAGAAGGUCCUCUGAGUCCCGCCAGCUCGGACAAAUACCAUCCCCGAAUGUAGAAACCAUUAAAAACCCAUUAGGUUCAACCACAGCCCAUCAUGUAAAUGAGCUGAAAUCAAUUAAAGUGAAUUUCUAGAGUAGAUUUAAAGGGAGAUCUCAGUCAGCAGUUUAAAGACGUAAAAUAAAAACACGAUUUGCACUCUGGGUAAAACAGUUGAAAGUUAUUUUUGCAUUUUUUGUCUGCAAAACGCUUCCCUGCUUUCCCUGAGAAUAUGAAACCUGCCACGGUCGAUUUUUAGGGAAAAGGUUACCAAGAAAGGAAGGAAGUUUUUAGAAGGAAAUGAAGAAGCAGAGAAAGAGAGACAAAUGUCUGAGACAAAAGGAGGAAAGCAUUAAGAGAUCCUAAAUCUCAAUAAAGGAGAAGGGGACGUGACCCCGAGUGACCGUGUCAAGUGGCGCGGUGCCGAUCAGCUCACCAACACAGAGCAUGUUUCAGUCAUUGCAAAAAAAAAGGGGGGGGGGGGGGAUAAAGCAGAGAUAAAAACUAAAUAAAGGGAAAGAGUUACUGAAAGCAAAAUAGACACAAUUUUUAUUGUCAUUUAAUUUAACCCUUUGAAACUUGGGCAAAACACAUUUUUCUUUCUUUCAAAAACUCAACAGGA